CCCGCACGGGUGGGGUUUUUUUUUUCCCAACUUGGGGUGUGUGUGUGGGGAGGGGGGGGGCGUUAAAAGUUUUUUUGAGGGGAGGGAACACAAAGCCCGCUGCGCCCGAGGGGAAAAUAGCAACAAGAUUACGGCUGCUUUAUUCUGGCGAGGAGGCGUAAGAAGGUGCUAAUCCAAGGGAUGGCUAAUUGAGAGCUUGUAAAAAUGAUAUUUGCCUGCCAUUUCGGACAAAGUGGUUUUUUUCUUUUCCCCCUUUAACUCCCCGUGGACCAGAGUGGGGGGAAAAAAAAAAUUAAAAUCGCUCAUUUGUUAGAGAGGGAGAGUGACAGGGAAAAAAAAGCAAGAAAAAAAAGCAAGAAAAAAAUCGUAUCAAAACCCACGGACACGACUGACUUCACUCCAGCAGAAGGACUAGAUCCCAGCAUUUAAAAGCCCUUCGGAACCUUCGAUCUUACAAAUCGCAGCCUCUUUCUCUCGCCUGCAGGAUGCGUGCGGCGGGACGCCCGGCCUUGGCCACCGGCAACUAGGAGGGCAGGCUGGCUCCUUCGCGGGACGGUCACCGGGACUCACCCUGGAGGAGGAGACAAGCGGGACAUCGGAAUUCAAGAUCACACAACCAGCAGCUUCAGUGGAGAAAAACUAUUUUGCUGGCAACUCUUUUUAAAGCACCAUCAUUUCAAAUCAGUGCGCUCUUAAACUAUUGACAGGAGCUUUGACAACAAGACAGGAUGCCUCAUAAAGGUCACAGCGGCGUGAACCAGCUCGGCGGGGUGUUCGUCAACGGGAGGCCGCUGCCCGACUCCACGCGGCAGAAGAUCGUGGAACUCGCUCACAGCGGCGCCCGGCCCUGCGACAUCUCCCGGAUCCUGCAGACCCAUGCAGAUGCAAAAGUCCAAGUGCUGGACAAUCAAAACGUGUCGAAUGGAUGUGUGAGUAAAAUUUUGGGCAGGUAUUACGAAACUGGCUCCAUCAGACCCAGGGCAAUCGGAGGUAGUAAACCGAGAGUAGCGACUCCAGAAGUUGUAAGCAAAAUAGCGCAGUAUAAACGAGAGUGCCCCUCCAUCUUUGCGUGGGAGAUUCGAGACAGAUUACUAUCAGAGGGGGUCUGUACCAACGAUAAUAUACCCAGUGUGUCGUCGAUAAACAGAGUCCUACGCAACCUGGCUAGCGAAAAGCAACAGAUGGGUGCCGACGGGAUGUACGACAAGCUAAGGAUGCUGAACGGACAGACGGGGACCUGGGGCACCCGGCCCGGCUGGUACCCUGGCACCUCGGUACCCGGGCAGCCCGCUCAAGAUGGCUGUCCGCAACAGGAGGGAGGAGGGGAAAACACUAACUCCAUCAGCUCUAAUGGAGAAGACUCAGACGAAGCCCAAAUGAGACUUCAGCUGAAAAGAAAGCUGCAGAGAAAUAGGACAUCCUUUACCCAAGAGCAAAUCGAAGCCCUUGAGAAAGAAUUUGAGAGGACCCACUAUCCUGAUGUGUUUGCAAGAGAGAGACUAGCUGCUAAAAUAGACCUGCCUGAAGCAAGGAUACAGGUAUGGUUUUCUAACAGAAGGGCCAAGUGGAGAAGGGAAGAGAAGCUGAGGAACCAGCGAAGACAAGCCAGCAAUACUCCCAGUCACAUUCCCAUCAGUAGUAGUUUCAGCACAAGCGUUUACCAGCCGAUCCCACAACCAACUACCCCCGUUUCCUCUUUCACAUCAGGUUCCAUGUUGGGCAGAACAGACACGGCGCUCACAAACACAUACAGCGCGCUGCCGCCCAUGCCCAGCUUCACCAUGGCCAACAACCUGCCUAUGCAACCCCCGGUACCCAGCCAGACCUCCUCCUACUCUUGCAUGCUGCCCACCAGUCCAUCGGUGAAUGGACGGAGCUAUGAUACAUACACCCCUCCUCACAUGCAGACACACAUGAACAGCCAGCCGAUGGGCACCUCUGGCACCACUUCCACAGGUCUCAUUUCCCCUGGAGUGUCAGUUCCGGUUCAAGUUCCUGGCAGUGAACCUGAUAUGUCUCAAUACUGGCCAAGAUUACAGUAAAACAUGUGUUAAUUCUGUAAAUGACUAUAUGGACAACAGUUGGAUGUUCAGCAGUAUUUUAUAAAGGAAGAAUGGCUCUCAGAGUACUUCUGUACUGCAACUGUGCCCUAUGCUGUAACACAUGGAAAAGACUUUCACAUGGACCUUUGUACACUGAAGGCAUUAUAUCAGUUGGAACAAAUCUUCAUUUUGGUAUCCAAACUUUUAUUCAUUUUGGUGUAUUAUUUGUAAAUGGGCAUUUGUAUGUUAUAAUGAAAAAAAAAAAAAAGAACAAUGUAGACUGGAUGGAUGUUUGAUCUGUGUUGGUCAUGAAGUUGUUUUAAAAAAAAAAAAAGAAGAAAAGGAAAAAAAAAAAAAAAGAAGCCAUGAUCAACAAGCUUUGCCACGAAUUUAAGAGUUUUAUCAAGAUAUAUCGAAUACUUCUACCAAUCUGUUCAUAGAUUAUGGAUUGAUGUUCCAAGUUUGUAUCAUUCCAUUGCAUAUAAUUAAACCUGGAACAAUACGCACUAGAUUUAUGUAAGAAAAAUAUCUGUUGGUAUUUCCAAAGGUUGUUAACGGCUGAAGAAGCUAUGUGCAAACAGGGGUUAAGAGAGAACUUCGAUGAAGAAAAGAGUUUGAUAGAUAAAAGGUAGAUUGUGUCUUCGAUAUAAUCCAAUUUGUUUUAUGUCGAAAUGUAAGUAUUUGUCUUCCCUAGAAAUCUCCCAGAAUGAUUUCUAUAAUAAAGUUAAUUUCAUUUAUAUUUGACAAGAAUAUUCUAUAGAUGUUUUAUACACAUUUUCAUGCAUCAUACGUUUCUUUUUGGUCGGCAAGAGUUAAUUGUUCUUAGAUAUAGUUGUACUACUGUUCACAGUCCAAUCAUUUUUGUGCAUCUAGAAUUCAUUCCUAAUCAAUUAAAAGUGCUUGCAAGAGUUUUAAACUUAAGUGUUUUGAAGUUGUUCACAACUACAUAUCAAAAUUAACCAUUGUUGAUUGUAAAAACCAUGCCAAAGCCUUUGUAUUUCCUUUAUUAUACUAUUUUCUUUUUAACCUUA